CCAGACUCUAGUGAACUGAAGACUAAAGACUGGAGACAGCUCUGUAAGCAAAGGCCAUUAUCUUUAGGAAUAGUUAUAUUCCAUAUAGAUUAAUCCUGCUCUGAAAUUCUUCAACUUCACCAUAUAUUUUGUUCGCCAAAACUUUACGAUCUUCACCAAAAUCGCACCCAAAAAAGAGAAUUUUGAAAUAAAUGGCAGAGUCUGCUCAAAACCCAGUGGCCCAGCAACAGAAAAUCAUUGUAACCAACAAACAUGGUGAAAAGCUUGUGGGCUUAUUACAUGACACUGGUUCUGGCGAUAUUGUAAUCUUAUGCCAUGGUUUUACAUCCACCAAGGACGACCCUAUUAUGGUGAACCUCGCUGUUGCAUUGGAAAGUGAAGGAAUUAGUUCGUUUCGUUUUGAUUUUUCUGGAAAUGGGGAAAGUGAAGGCAUCUUUGAGUAUGGUAACUAUCGGAAAGAAGCUGAUGACUUACAUGCUGUAGUUGAACACUUCUCAGGGACAAACCGUGUAGCAAGUGUAAUUUUGGGGCACAGCAAAGGAGGUGAUGUGGUGCUGCUGUAUGCUUCUAAGUAUCAUGACAUUCGUACUGUUGUCAAUGUUUCUGGACGUUAUGAUCUGAAGAAAGGCAUUGGAGAACGCUUGGGGAAAGACUUUAUGGAAAUGAUCAAGAAGGAAGGCUUCCUUGAUAUCAAGAAUAACACAGGAGGUGUUGCUUACCGUGUGACUGAAGAAAGUCUGAUGGAUCGCCUAAGUACUGAUAUGCAUGAAUCAUGCCUUCAGAUUGGCAAAGAAUUCCAGGUGUUGACGGUCCAUGGAUCUGAUGAUGAGGUCAUCCCUGUGGACGAUGCAGUGGAGUUUUCCAAGAUAAUACCUAACCACAAAUUACAUAUUGUAAGGGGAGCUAACCAUAACUACACCUCACAUCAAGCUGAGUUGGCUUCAGUUGUGGUGGACUACAUAAAGACAGCUCUGCAGCAGGACGAGCCAACUUCCAACUAGGGACUGCUACUUAUCGUGCGACAGAGGAAAGUUUAAUGGAUAGCGUAAGUACUGAUAUGCAUGAAUCAUGCCUUAAGAUUGACAAAGAAUGCCGGUAAGCAGACUGUAAGUCUUUUUUCAUUUCUUGCAUCUUCUGCAUGACCGAUUAGUUUAUCAGUGAUUCUGUACAGAACUGGGUGUUGACAGUCCAUGGAUCUUCUGAUGAGACCAUCCCGUUUGAAGAUGCAUUAGAGUUUUAAAAGAUAAUACCAAAUCACAAUUUACAUAUUCUACAAGGAGCAAAUCAUUGUUAGUUUUUUACACCUCACAUCAAGCUGAAUUAGGCAAUUAGCAUCGAUCAGUAGUUGUGGACUAUAUAAAGGCAGCUCUGCAUCAGAAGACAUAGCUUAGCUGCCAUGAUUUUGAUAACUGAGUGAUACCAAUUAUUCUGGGGCAAGCAAACAUGCCCUUAACCUGUCCUUUUGUUCACUGAUUAUGGGCAAAUCCCCGAUUAUUGAUAAUUGAAACGAGUGAAUAAUGUUGAGUGUACCAUCUUUUCGUGUACGACUGAAUUAAUGAUCCAACGAAAACUUAUUUAAUUAAGAUAUGGUAUGGAAUAUUUCUUGGAUUAAUCUGUGCAUGCUUCUCAUGUAAUAGUCAAUUAACAAUCUGGAUCUGAAUCCCUCAUCUCUACUAGUCUAAUUUGUAUGAAAAACUCAAGCUCAUACAUUUGGCAAUAAUUUUAUUUAUGCUUGUCCCACGUGUUGUGAACAACAGUUAUCUUACUCGAUUAUUAUGUCAGCAUCUGCCUAUAACUA